UUGGAGGGAGACUGAGAAAACGUUACAUACCUGCUUCAGAGUUAACUAGUGAAAUCCGGAACAAGCGGCAGACCAUCGCAUCAUGAGCCACAGAACUUACCUCUUGCUGGAAGCGCAACUUCAGGAGUUAAAAGAGAAUAAUUAUAUUGGUAUUGAUGCCUUUCCGGUAAGUGUAGACCUGAUGGAGUGGGAAGCUGUAAUUGAAGGCCUGCAGGACUCAAUGUGGCAAGGAUUAGUCUUUCCACUGACAAUAUAUUUUACACCAGAGUACAACUUCGUCCCUCCAACUGUGAAAUUUAGGACAACUCCCUUUCAUCCAAAUGUAGACCCCUGUUCCGGUCAACCAUGUAUAGAGCUAUUGGACAACCCUGAUAAGUGGGAUACAAGUUACACACUGAGCAGCAUCCUACUUAGCCUGCAGGUUAUGCUUUCUAAUCCAGGGCUAGAACAACCAGUGAAUUUGGAAGCAGCCCAAAUGUUGAUUGAAGAUGAAUCAACAUACAGAACUAUACUUCAAAGACUUUUCCACAAGCCAUUGGAACCAAAAGGUGAUAACCUGGAACCACCUCAAGACACACCAAAACUUACCAGAACCAUUAGAGCGAUCUCAUUUUAUGAAUACCACAAGACAUGGUCUGAAACAGCCACAUCAAAAACCUCAGCACUCUACAGAACUCCAUUGCUUGAAGAUACAAAUUUCAUUGGACAGUAUUACAAAUGGAAGAAACUCGAACUACAAUAUCCUAAAGAAUGGAAAUUCAAGUAUGCUGCUAUUAAGGCCCGGCUUGCUAGGGAAAAUAAAGUGACCGAACUAGUCAGUCCCUCAAAGAAAAGAAUGCAUCCCCCAACUCCAGAUGACACCUACUCCGACUCACAAACCAACAGUGAUUCUGUCACGGAGACGUCCUCAUUUGAUAGUGACACAGAGGAGGAAUGGGAAGAGGAAGUAGAAGAUCUGGUUGCCUGGACCCACACUCUCAACACAGAGGCUUUAGAAGAGCAAACCUAGAACUCCGGGGCUCAGAAUCUGAGCAGUGUCAACCGCAGUUCCACUGCAGGGAGUAACUUUGGCAGGCUCUGGGAAGUUGGAUUCUGUUAUUUUCAAGCUAGUCUGCAAUUACAAAUUAGAAAUAUGUC